AUGUAUCAUCUCACAUCCAGUCUUACAGAUGCGCAAGAAGGGAACCUCAAGACUGUUGGAGAUAAUCACAAUCCUGAUUUAAAGGAACUUCAAGUGCUAGUAGAGAAAUACAGGAAGGCGGCAGCAAGUAUUAGCGAGAAGGACAAAAGGAAGCACAUAUUCAGUUUAUUAGCAAGUUCAGGAGAGGGCGAAACAGGACGUGCCGGUCAUGAGGGAUUCAUUGGGUGUGAGGAGUUGACGACGGCAAUGCACACUGUUGUGUUAGAUACGGACAAUGGUCGACUUCAGCGGAGAACCGGCUGCAGUUUUCUGAGUCUAAGCAUUGACUCCUUCAUCGCUGAUACGCCCGGUCUCAAUGACGCAAAUAAGCCGGACUUCGGGCUCCUUCUGGAUUUAGCAGAUUCCCUGGAAAUCACUUUUCGUGCCCAAGCCUGGUGUCUAGGAUUGUUACAGGAGGAUUUGGUGGAAGGUCAGGGGCAACAAUUAAAGGAGGAUUUCUUUAAAGAGAAAUUUGAGAAGGACUCGAGGACGAGGCGAUUCGACGGAGCGCAGGAAGCGGCUAUGGCAGCGCUGGCGGAGUUGGUGGGCUCAAGAGUUGGGCCUGAUGUGCAAAAGGCGCUCGUUGAGAAGCAAAGGCCGCUGGGUGAAAUUGUAAUCGGCGCGGAACUCCAGUGUAAUGUUACUCGAGAGAAAUAA